AUGCCAUCCACAGAUUUACUCACAGUUACUCCUUUGGAAGACAGACCCUUUGGCUGUUCUGUAACUCUUCCCUCUUAUGCAAAUAACGAUCCAUCAAAGUUGAAUGACGAGGACUUCAAAAAGCUUUACGACGGUGUAUUGACAAACUUAGUGGCAGUGUUCCCGAACCAAGAGAAAUUGCUGCCUAAAUCACAGUAUGAAUUGACCAAGAGGUUUGACCCUUCGAUUCCAGCUCCAAAAGGUGAUUCUAAGUUUGCUGGUUAUGGACAUGGUAAGGAAUUCAGACAUGAAAAAUCAGUUUUGAAAAAGGACGGUACUACUGUUAAAUCCCAACCUCAAGUUCAGAUUUUAGGUCAAGGUGUCUUUGGUGCCGAUGAACCUGGUAAUGAGAAUGGAGAAACAAUCAGUUUGACCCAUCCUUCUCACACGAGCUUCCACCAUACUCCCUUGACUGAUAAGCAAAUUAAAGAACAACAUAGAACGAGAUUUUACAGGUGGCACAUUGAUUCCGCUUUAUAUGACUUGUCUCCUCCAAUGGUUACUACUUUAUUAGGUAUCCAGGUACCACCAACAACGCAAACUCAAACUAUACAUUAUGAAGAUAAUGAUGAUAAAUUGGAAUUAUCACAGGGCGCAACCUGUUUCGUUUCGGGUGCCAUUGCUUUCAACCAGUUGAGUGAUGAAGACAAGAAUUUUGUUUUGAACACUACGGUGGAGUAUGCACCACACCCCUAUAUAUUCAUUGGCCCGGCUAAGGCCACGUCUGAUGGAUUGACAAUGGUAAGCGAAGGAAAAGAAACUAAGUUUGAUGAGUUACCAGAGUGGGAGGAAUCUAAGGUCAAGAAGUUGCCAAUGGUAUGGACUAAUCCUGUCACUAAGGAACCUCACUUACAAGUUCACGGUUGCUGUUUAUAUAAGUUGCACACCGUUCAACCUGAUGGUUCUGUCAAAACUUUGGGCUUAGAAGAAUCUCGUAACAGAGUUCACCAGUUAAUGAGACCAGCCAUUUCACCAAAGAAUGUUUUAGCCCAUGGCUGGUCCACCGGAGAUUUAGUCAUUUUUUUCAAUAGAGGAGUCUGGCAUUCAGUCACAGGUGAAUUUAAGGGUGUCAAAAGUGAUGGCCAAGAUGAAAGAAGAAUGAUGCACCAGUGUAACAUUGCUAGCGGUCUCGAUCCAAAAACUGAAUUGUAA